AUAACAACAAAUUAGUUACAUCAAACCAAACCAAAAAUAAAAAUGGCACCACAACCUCCACCACCCGCCAACCCCAGCAAAUUCUACUUCUACUAUGGCAAAAGAAAGCCCUCUCAGAACAGACCCACCGUCUAUGGUGGUCUCUUCUCCAAUCGCCAGACCUUAAACCCUAACAAUCCCAAUUUCCCCAAUUCCAACAACAACCACCCUCAAUCUCAAAAUCCCUCAAAUUUUACCCUCCAAAAUUGGGACCCAGAUUCCCCAAAUGCCCCAAAGCCCUUCCACCCCAAAACCCCAUCUGAGAAUUUCUUCCACAUUGCCCAGAAACUCUCCCCAAUUGCCCGCUACAUUUGUGAUUCUUUCAGGAAACAUCAGAGGUGGGGCUCACAAGUGAUCGCCGACCUCUCGAAGCUUCGCCGGGUGAAGCCGAACCUGGUUGCCGAGGUCCUUAAGGUCCAUGAUGACCCCACCGUUUGUUCCAAGUUCUUCCAUUGGGCUGGUAAUCAAAAGGGGUAUCAACACACUUAUCUUUCUUAUAAUGCAUUUGCUUAUUGUUUGAAUAGGUUGAAUAGGUUUAGAGCUGCUGAUCAAAUACCUGAGCUAAUGCAUAUGCAGGGGAGGCCACCUAGUGAGAAACAGUUUGAGAUUUUGAUUAGAAUGCAUGCUGAUAAUAAUAGGGGUCUUAGGGUGUAUUAUGUGUAUGAGAAAAUGAAGAAAUUCGAGGUGAAACCUCGAGUGUUUUUGUAUAAUAGGAUAAUGGAUGCGUUAGUUAAGACGGGUCAUUUAGACUUGGCAAUGACAGUUUAUGAUGACUUUAAGAAGGAUGGGUUGGUGGAAGAGACUGUAACGUAUAUGAUAUUGAUUAAGGGUUUAUGUAGGGGUGGGAGGAUAGACGAGAUGUUGGAGCUUUUGGUACGAAUGAGGAGUUUGUUAAAGCCAGAUGUUUUUGCAUACACGGCUAUGAUUCAUAUAUUAGUGGGAGAGAUGAAUUUGGAUGGGUGCUUGAAGGUUUGGGAUGAAAUGGAAAGGGAUAAAGUUGUGCCUGAUGCUAUGGCUUAUACGACUUUGAUUUCAGCAUUGUGUAAAGGGAGUCGGGUGGAUAAAGCCUAUGAGUUAUUUAAGGGUAUGAAGAAAAAAGGAGACUUGAUUGAUAGAGCUAUUUAUGGUGCACUGGUGGAAGGUUUUGUGGCUGAUGGCAAGGUUGGUUCAGCCCUUGAUCUUUUAAAGGAUAUGAUUGAUUCUGGAUAUAGGGCGGAUUUGUCGAUCUAUAAUUCCUUGAUACAGGGCUUGUGUAAUUUAAAACAGCUUGACAAGGCUCAUAAGCUUUUCCAAGUAACAGUUAAUGAGUGUCUGCAACCAGAUUUCACAACUGUGAAUCCAAUGUUGGUGUCUUAUGCAGAAUCAAAAGAAAUGGAUGAUUUCUGCAAUUUGCUUGUGCAGAUGCAGAAAUUAGGAUCACCAGUUAUUGAAGGUCUUUCUGAAUUCUUCUCUCAGAUGGUUGAAAGGGAAGAGAGAUUGCCUUGCACUUUAGAAGUGUUCAAAUAUUUAAAAAACAAAGGCUACUGUAGUGUUUCAAUAUACAAUAUUCUUCUGGAAGCUAUGUACAAGAGUAGACAAACAAAGGAAGCAUUGUCCCUCUUCGACGAAAUGAAGGAUUCUAACUUUGCACCCGAUUCAACUACUUAUAGUCAAGCAAUUAUGUGUCUUGUUGAUCUUGAGGAUGCCAGAGAGGCAUGUCUUUGGUAUAAUAAAAUAAAAGAGAUGGGCUCCAUGCCUUCCAUUGCAGCCUAUUGCUCUCUGGUGAACGGGCUUUGCAAAAUAGGAGAGAUUGAUGCAGCAAUUUCACUAGUCCAGGACUGCUUGGCUAAUGUCAGCAAUGGACCUAUGGAGUUCAAAUACACUCUAAAUAUUCUACAUGCUUGCAAAGCAAAUGAUGCUGACAAGGUCAUUGAAGUAGUUAACGAGAUGUUAGAACAAGAAUUCAUACCUAAUGAAAUUAUAUACUGUGCUGUUAUCUCUGGAAUGUGCAAGCAUGGAACAAUAGAGGAGGCUAGGAAGGUAUUUUCUAGUAUGAAGGAGCAAAAAUAUCUAUCCGAGGCCAAUAUGAUUUUAUAUGAUGACAUGCUUAUUGAACACAUGAAAAAGAAAACAGCCGAACUGGUGCUGUCAGGAUUGAAGUUCUUUGGACUAGAAUCCAAACUGAAAUCAAAAGGAUCAACGUUGCUGCCAGCUUAAAGAGCAAACCUAGGGAUCACUCAACGAUAGCCUCAAAGGGAAGCCGCAUAACUGGAAGUGAUACAAGAUUCAAAUUGAACAACUUCGCCAGACAAAGUACUGAUUUUCAGGUGGAAGCUGUAAAUUGUACUGCUGCCGUCUGACAGGUUGUGCUCCACUUUCAUGUGACCUAAAUCUGGGGUGCAGAAGGUUCAUAGUCACAGAUUUAUCAGAAGAUCCAAUUACAUCAUCCUAAUCUGUAAAUAGUUGCACGUUCACAUCUUUAUCAGAAGAUUUACGGUAUGCACGAUUCAGAAUGAAGAAUUAUCUGCAUGUUUUCACUAAAGGAUUGAGGCUAUGAGCGCCGUGGCUGGUCAGCUACAGCUUGCUGUUAGAGUAUCCAGCCUUGAUGAAGUUCCUUGUUAUACUUCUCUUGUAAUUAUAAAUGUUCCUUUGGGGAGCAAUUGCUGCCGAUGUUCGUGGAUAGGUUCAUUCCCCUGGUAGAGAGAUCCAUGUAACUAAAGUGUAGGUUCAAAAUCGUGAGCUACAAGGCUCCAGAUCAAUUCAAAUUGUAAUGUUGUAAGUUGUAACUUCUAUCGCCAUGCCGAUGUUUCUUAUAUCCGUUUUCCUCUAUUUUUUAAAUGUCUAGUCAAUUUCAAAAUAUGUUUGAAGUACAUAGUACAGGAAUGGAAAGCUUGAGAACAUCCCAUUUUUCGUGGUAAUAAAUUUAUUAUAUAUCGGGAUAACUUUUAUCCA